AAAAUUGAGGACAGCCUCAUGAGUUCCAUAAUGCUUCCCAAGACGACGCAAGAUCUUGCAAUAGAAAGCCAGAAGCAUCUAGAAGAAACCAUCCGAGCAAGCUGCUUACCGAUCCUCUCUUUCAUGAACGACAAUCUCUGUAACCCUGCUUUGUGGUCCUCCUCUUCUUCUAUUACUACUAGUACCACCACAGCUUCACCCAUUACUGCGGUUAGUAAUAUCCUUAUUUCAUUCUCUCAAAUCGAUGUUGUAGCCAAUGGCCAUGCUGUAUCUGAUGCUAUCUAUCACUUGGGUGGUGGAAAUGCUGAUGGUGCUACAGGUCAUGGGUAUUUGGAUGAGGCUCUGUUUUGGUAUAACAAUUCCUUAGCUGCUCUACGUAGGAUUUCGAAUUCUCAAAAGGCAAAAGCAUUUGAAACUGGUUCAACUACAAACAGUUCAUCAGCUCCAGCAGAUCAAGCGGAGGUUGAGAAAUUAGAAAAACAAGCCUCCAAUUUAAGAAAGGAACUUGUGAACAAGAAUGCACAUCUCAAGCUUCUCAUUGAUCAAUUACGAGAUCUUAUCACUGACAUAUCUACAUGGCAAAGUCCUUGCUCUGUCUGAAGUUCAUAUCUUGACUUGAAAAGAGAUGCCUAAGAAUUGGUACUUGAAUUGAGAUGUCUACGUGAGGUGAUCUUGUCUUGACAUAGCUUUCUUUGCUAAACUUUUAUAUCCGUUCACUGGAGAUUUUUCGAGUCAAGUGGUAGGAAGAGGAUUGUGAUUUUAGGUGGAAAAUUAGUAAUUCUGAUUAAAAAGGUUUCAUGAUAGAACUUGUGAGGAAUCUUGUAUAUCACGAUAUGUUCAGCAUUAUAAAGCUUCCAUCGAAAUAAAUUUUAGCUGUAAUCAACUUGAUUAUAGUUGUGCUAA